AUGGUCCAGAAAGCGCCCCAGGUCGUGGCGGCGCCGCUGUCAUCGCCCGAAGUCCCCAGCGGUCCACUGCCUCUGAGCGGAAAGGUGUUUGCCAUCACGGGCGGCGCGAGCGGCAUUGGCCGGGCGACUGCUCAGGUACUGUCAAGACGGGGAGCGACUGUCUGCGUCGCCGACGUGGAUCACGAAGCGAUGAAGGCUGCCGAGGACUAUUUCAGCUCCUUUGGGGUGCCGCAUAUGGUCACCAAGGUGGAUGUCUCCAAGCGAAAGGAGGUUGACGCCUGGAUCGAGUCGAUUAUCAAAGAGUAUGGCCGGCUGGACGGCGCUGCCAACGUAGCAGGAGUCAUUGGAAAGUUUCACGGCGUGUCCCCAGUCUCAGAGCUCGACGACGAUGAAUGGGAUAGGAUUAUUGGCGUCAACCUGACCGGGACAAUGUACUGCAUGCGGGCCGAGCUGAGGAAUAUCGUCGACCGCGGGUCCAUUGUCAAUGUCUCUUCCAUCCACGGCCUCAAGGGCUUUGCAAGGCACGGCGCAUACGACGCAAGCAAGCACGGCAUCGUCGGCCUCACCCGAGCCGCCGCCCUUGAAAACGGCGAGCGCGAGAUCCGCGUCAACAGCGUGGCCCCCGGCGCCAUCUACACCCCGCUGAUGCAGAAGAACUGGGACUUUUCCGGCCGGCCAAAGGACGCUCCGUUUGACGAUCCGACGGCGUUCCAGCGGCAGGGCACGGCGGAGGAGACGGCGAAUGUGAUUGCGUUUCUGCUGGGGCCCGAGAGCACGUUUGUGAGUGGGAGCGUGUAUCGCGUGGACGGAGCCUGGAUUUGA